AUGUCUACGGCACGAAAAAGACUAUCACGUUUAAAUCAACGAUUGUCGCAUGCAUAUCGUCGACAAUCAGCGUUACAUGCUAUAAUUGAUGUUUUCAAUUACGCAGGUGCUGAUGUUUCAAUACCUAUAUCAUCCGCAUCAUUAUCGACUACAUACAAUAUUCCAUCUCCAUCUUCAUUAUCACUUCCAUCGACAUCACCAAUAGAACCAAUUGUUUUAGCACGCAAAGGUUACAAAUUAAUUAACUCGAAUGAUACUUUCUCAAAAGCAGCAGCUGUUGAAUAUUUACAAGGUUUAAAGGGACCAUGUCUCCUUCGCAAUUUGAAAUAUUUUAAUAUUUACAAUUCUUUUGUUUGCGAUACAUUACAUAAUCUUUAUUUGGGAGCGACGGCGAAAAUGUUGAAACUACUGUUGUCAAAACCAUCUGUCACUGGAGGUAUAUCAUAUGCUAUGAGUGUAUAUGGUCAAAUAGAUAACAUUGCUGAAAUUAUCAAUUCAAUUUCGUUUCCGUCGACAACAUAUCGACAACCAAGAGACAUUCGUUUAUUUAGAAAAUUCAAAGGAAACGAGUUGCGCAUUAUUUUAUUAGCAUUUGAAAAUUUUCUUGAUGAAGAACGUUAUAAUCAUCUAAAAGUAUUAGCUUUUAUAGCACAUAUAAUUGAAGGACAAUGUCUCUCUAAGGAAGCUCAUAAGGAGGGUACCGUUGUACCUGACUCUACAGCUAUUAUUCAACCAUCUCAAAUCACACAAAAACUUGCUUUUCGACCAAUAUUUGACGAUGAUCCAUCAGUAUUAAAUACUUUUCUUUUUUGUCAAUAUCCUAACUUGAAAGAGUGUUCUUAA